AUGCGUAUGACCUCACCUGCCCAUUCUAAGACUGGGAGAACCGGAAUCAGUGAGCCAGACUUGGAUUGUGAGCUCCAGAAACUUCGUCAGAAUCUCGAGAGCGUCAUCGACAAGUACAGCUUUGUGGAACUCUUGGAGAUUACUUGCAACUUCAAGAGAACAGUCCGGAUCAAGCUACGCGACCAGGAACAGAAGAAAGCUCACAACGACGCCGCAGCACUAUCUAACCUCAGAGGAAACUUUGCCUGGUCGUGA